GCGGGAUCAGCCCCGCCACGCAGGCGCCUCUGCCUCGCCGCCAUUGCGGCCCGGUGCUCUCGGGUCGCGGUCGCGGCCGCCGCUGCCGAGACAGGGACUCCUCACCAUCUUUACCUUUUGGCCUCAGAAUUCAUAAUUAAAGCUCUAACUUCCAUGAAUCUGUUUCUCCUCUGAGUGCAGCAAACCUUGAAAUAAUGUCUUUGUGACUCUAACAUGAAAUUUCACAUACUUGGCUAACUACUGGGGAAAUACUACCAGAUUGACUUUCUUUCUUACAAAAUGUUAGCACCAAGCAAGAGGAUGACCAGUUCUUCACGUUCCCAGUUUUUGAUGUGGAAGUCAGACAAAGCUCAGACUGGACUCCACAAUGUUGAGAGGGAAAUCCUGGCUUCAAGACUCUUGCGUGAUACUGAGACCUGUCGACAGAAUUUUAGGAAUUUUCCAUACCCAAAUCUGGCUGGUCCUCGAAAGGCAUUGAAUCAACUCCGAGAGCUCUGCCUUAAGUGGCUAAGACCUGAGAUUCACUCAAAGGAACAGAUCCUGGAGAUGCUAUUACUGGAGCAAUUCCUGACCAUCCUACCUGGGGAGGUUAGGACUUGGGUAAAGUCCCAGUACCCAGGGAGCAGCGAGGAAGUUGUAACUCUGGUGGAGGAUUUGACUCAGAUCCUAGAAGAGGAAGCUCCUCCUCAAAACUCUCUUCUUUCUCAAGAGACAACAGAGGAAGAUACUAAAAGAAGAUUUACGUGCCAAACUGGUUGGCUAAAUGACAUGACCAAAGAAUCAAUGACAUUCAAAGAUGUGUCUGUGGAUAUCACCCAAGAGGACUGGGAGCUAAUGCGCCCCAUACAGAAAGAAUUGUACAAGACUGUAACAUUACAGAACUAUUGGAACAUGGUUUCUCUGGGACUUACAGUAUACAGACCAACUGUGAUUCCCAUGUUGGAAGAACCAUGGAUGGUGUUAAAAGAAAUUUUAGAAGGACCUAAUCCAGAAUGGAAAACAGAAAACCAAGAAAGUACUCUAGUGGAGAAUACUUCUAAAGACACAAGGGAAGGAACCCAGUAUAUCAAAUUGGAAAAACCAGAUGACUAUGAUGACAGGUUAGAGAGGCAAGCAGCCGAUACUUUCAGCAAAAUUACCACCAGCGAAAGAUAUUUGAAUUUUAAGUCUGACCAUUCACAGGAAGAUGAUCCAACAGCAGAGUAUUUUAGUAAAUAUAAUAUAUAUAGAAAUAAUUUUGAAAAGCAUUCAGACCUACUUGUACAGUUUGGUGCCCUAUCAGAUAAUAAAAUUUCUGUGUAUGAUGAAGUUAGGGCAACCUUCAAUCAUGUCGCUUAUGGUAUUGUACAUAGGAAAAUACUUCCUGGAGAGAAGCCUUAUAAAUGUAAUAUAUGUGGGAAAAAAUUUAGGAGAUACCCAUCCCUAAUGAAACACCAAAGUACCCAUGCCAAAGAAAAAUCUUACGAAUGUGAAGAGUGUGGAAAAGAAUUUAGGCACAUAUCAUCCCUUAUUGCACAUCAGAGAAUGCAUACUGGAGAAAAACCAUAUGAAUGUCACCAGUGUGGUAAAGCCUUCAGCCAGCGUGCACAUCUUACUAUACAUCAGAGAAUUCAUACAGGAGAAAAACCCUAUAAGUGUGAUGACUGCGGGAAAGACUUUAGUCAGCGUGCACACCUCACUAUACAUCAAAGGACACAUACUGGAGAGAAACCAUAUAAGUGCUUGGAAUGCGGUAAAACUUUCAGCCACAGUUCAUCACUGAUUAAUCACCAGAGAGUUCAUACUGGAGAAAAACCUUAUAUAUGCAAUGAAUGUGGGAAAACUUUCAGUCAAAGUACACACCUUCUUCAACAUCAAAAAAUACAUACUGGAAAGAAACCAUAUAAAUGCAAUGAGUGUUGGAAAGUGUUUAGUCAAAGUACUUACCUUAUUCGACAUCAAAGAAUUCAUUCUGGAGAAAAGUGUUAUAAAUGUAAUGAAUGUGGAAAAGCCUUUGCUCAUUCCUCAACUCUUAUUCAGCAUCAGACGACUCACACUGGAGAGAAAUCCUACAUAUGUAAUAUAUGUGGGAAGGCCUUCAGCCAGAGUGCAAACCUUACUCAGCAUCAUAGAACACACACUGGAGAGAAACCGUAUAAGUGCAGUGUCUGUGGGAAAGCUUUCAGUCAGAGUGUACACCUUACUCAACAUCAGAGAAUUCAUAAUGGAGAAAAGCCCUUUAAAUGCAAUAUAUGUGGGAAAGCAUAUAGACAGGGUGCAAAUCUUACUCAACAUCAAAGGAUUCAUACGGGAGAGAAACCCUACAAAUGUAAUGAAUGUGGGAAAGCUUUUAUUUAUUCCUCAUCACUUAAUCAACAUCAGAGAACUCAUACUGGAGAAAGGCCCUAUAAAUGUAAUGAAUGUGAUAAAGAUUUUAGCCAGAGAACAUGCCUUAUUCAACACCAGAGAAUUCACACAGGAGAGAAACCCUAUGCAUGCCGUAUAUGUGGUAAAAGUUUCACCCAGAGUACAAACCUUAUUCAGCAUCAGCGUGUUCAUACAGGUGCCAAAGCCCGUAACUAAUCUAUAUGGGAGACUUUGUUUAGAUCUUAAAAAU